GUGUCUGUCAUCUGAAUACAUCUUUCUUGAAAGUAUGGCUGGAUUAGUGCCGCCUCAACUCUUCGAAAAUGAUCCGGAUGCCCCGCCACCCAAACCAAUCUCCUGCAGUUUAUGCACGUGUAUUUGCUGUAGGAAAGUAUUUCCCCAGCGCUACUGCAUGACAAUAAUGCUGGUCACUGGUCUUACUGUGCUAUACAUGCAAAGAGUGGGUUUGAACUUGGCUAUAGUAGACAUGGUGAUCCCUGUGAUCAAAACAGAAGAAGAAGCGCUUUGUCCCAGAUCCACAGAUAAUCUCAACGCAACCAGCAAGAAAAUCGAUAAUAACCAAUUCGAUUGGAACGAACAAGUGCAAAGUUAUAUCCUGUUGAGUUUCUACAUAGGUUAUGCAAUGGGUAAUGGAGUUGCUGGUUACUUCACAGAUGAAUAUGGUGCUAGGUGGUUCCUGUUUGGUGGAGCGCUACUAUCCACAGCCACCACAGCAAUAAUUCCAGCUUUAGCUGACUAUACGCAUUGGUUAUGGAUAGUGAUCUCACGUAUACUCACUGGUCUAGGUCAAUCAACAUUUUUCCCGGGAUCUACGAGUCUAAUCGCUCGGUGGAUCCCCGAAGAACAAAAAUCAAGCAUUGCGGCGAUAGUAUUGACUUCAUUCACGGUAGGAACCAUCGCUGGGAAUGUCUGCACGGGGUAUAUUAUACAAUGGACCAACACCUGGAGUUGGGUUUAUUAUAUCUACGGGAUUCUUGGAUUUAUCUGGUUGUUAAUAUUCUACUUUUUUGUCUAUUCUGAUCCGUACAAACACCCAAAUCUUUCCAAAGUGGAAAAAAGUAUUUUGGCUAAGAUUACGACACCUGAACACCUCAAACUACCACUGAAAAGAAUAUUCAGUGAUAUCUCAAUGUGGUCCAUUAUAAUCGGACAGUUUGGUAACGAUUUCACCUUGUAUAUCAUCAUCACCAACAUGCCGAAAUAUUUCAAGAGUGUCCUUAAUGUCAGUACCCAUAUGAUAGGUACAUUAUUAAUACUACCAUCAGCUGCUUGUUUCCUGGGUAGUGUCCUCUUUGGACUAGCUGCUGAUUAUGGUGUAGGAAAAUUGCAUAUGCGCAAAGUAACCGUGCGUAUAAUAGCGACAAUAUUUGCAAUUCCUGUGUCUUGUAUUUUCAUGAUGUUGAUGACAAUACUGCAAUGCGAUUUGAUCUGGGCCAACAUAUUUCUCUGUCUGGCAAUGUUCAUGAAAGCUGGAUUUUACGCCGGCGUUGGUGUGAUGGGAAUGGACAUAUCAAUACACUUCAGUGGAAUUCUAAUUGGAAUCGCGUCGAUGUCCGGAGGAAUUGCUGGAAUGACAGCGCCUUAUGUCGUCGGUCUCGUUGCAACGGAAAACACCUUUCCGCAAUGGAUGCUCAUACAUUAUGUUUCGACAGGUAUAGGUGUAAUCUGCACGAUUCCAUAUCUUAUGUUUGCCAAGGAUGAACGAAAAGAUUGGGACUAUCACACGAAUGAAACUAACCCUUAUCCUACUGAUAAUGUAGCUGUUUGUAAACGGAUAUGGGUGUGUUACAGAGCAUCAAAUCAAGUCCAGAAUUAAUAUAUAGAAAUAAAUAUAAAAAGGUGGCGUUUGUCAAAACCACUUCAAAUAACGUUUUAUUUUAUUUUUAAAUUUUUAAUUUCAAAUCAAAAAAAAUAAAUAAAUGGAUACU